AUGUCGGAAAAAGCAACAUUUUUGGCAGAUUCGCUGGCAGUAAUUCGUGGCGUAAGAAAAUCAUGCCAAUACAACUAUCACGAUGGAAAUGGUAAGACAGUGCAACUGGAAAUUUGGGAUACCGCAGGCCAAGAGCGAUUUGGAGCUUUGACGACAUCCGUGUACCACAAAACGCGCGGCUUUAUUGUCGUACACGAUAUCAGCAAUGACAAUAGUUUCAAUAAUGUACGACGGUGGUUACACGAUAUUGAUCAACAUUGCGAUAUUCCUAAUCCUACUCGAAUACUGGUUGGAAAUAAGUGUGAUCUGCCUGAAGUAAUGAGAGUAGUUGCGAGAGAGGAUGCUGUAAUGUUCGCAACGAAAAUUGGCAUUCAACUGUUUGAAACGAGUGCUACAGAAAAUAACAACAUUGAGGAUGUAUAG